CUGGGCCGUGUUCGGAGGGAGCAGAGCGGGGUCAGGUGGGUGGGUGGCAGGCACGGAGCACUGCGGCGUGGCCCGGUACCUCCCGCGGCCGGUGAAGGCAGCAUGUUACCCUGGUCGGCGGACACGGGCAAGGAGGCAGCGCCGGAGCACCCGGGAGAGGCCUGCAGCCCCGGAGAAGACACCCUGAGGGAGCCAGGAAAAUCCCCACAGGACAGCCUGCAGUCCACAGCCCUCAGGCCUGUGGGGCCCCGGAGGCGACAGCUGCUGCCCCGCAACCCGCCUGUCCUGGCUCCUGAGCCAUCCUCGAGAAUCCCAGUCCCGCUUUCUCCCCAGGUGCCUUCCUUGGGGAUGACCCUGUUCUCACCCUGGGACCCCAACUUUGGUGCUAAAGCACAACCUCAGCCAGUGUGGACACCCAGCUGUGGGCCAGGUGCCUCCUUCUCAGGUCGGACACUGUGUCAUCCCUCCUUCUGGCCCAUGUACGAGGCCUGGGGCAGGGGCCACAGGUACCAGGCCCCCAGCCCAGGGUGUCAGAAUGGACAUCAGGCACCCAGGGAUGCAGGGUUCCCAGUGAUGUGCUCUGAAGAUGUCUUUUUCUUGGACCCUCUGCUGCCCCCUGGGCAGCGUGUUCCCCUGUGCUUGUCUGAGGGCCCUCAGCAGGCCCUGGGCUCAAUGAAGCUGCAGCUCCCGCCACCCGUCAUGUCUCCCUCAGUCCACCCCUCCCAGCCCAGGGUCUCCUGCAUGGCCCAGCUCAGUGGGCCCGAGCUGAUCGCCAUCACUGGCCUGCUGUUGAUGAGCCAGGGGGAGCCCAGACCCGGCUCCUCAGCAGCUCCUCCAAGUCCUGCCAGCCCUGCGGAGCCCAUCGCUGACCACCAGAGCUCUUCUGAAAGCACUGAUCCAUCUCUGCCUAGGUCCUCAGAUACGCAGUGUCCAUAGCACCCCUGGGGCAGAGUGCCCCUCCUGCCGCCCACCAUUCUGUUGAUAAUAAAACUUUUGGUUUGCAAAAAGACUCCCUGUGGCAGGUAACAGAG